AUGUCUAUCCAAAUACAUCAGGUCCCUCUUAGCGUUGGUGGAAGCAUUUUAUUUUGCCAAGCUAGUCCAGGCAGUCAUCUUGUCUUGGUCUUCAUAUCCACCAAGCUCGCUCAGCUUCGAUCUCCUUUUUCCGGCAUGCUUUCUCCUCCUCAGAAAGCGGGCGAAUUGCUCAAAUCUAUUAAGAGGCGUCUCAAAGGAGUUUCCGGCAAGACUUCUAACAAGAUCACCAAGUCUAACUUGGUGACCAACCUCAAGCGUGCGAUCCAGUCUACUCCCGACUUACUCAAGAUGCAAGGCGGUCCUUACGAGAGAUCUUCUCCACUGCGCCCGUCACUCUCUCAAGAUAUGUUAGGGGAGCUUCCCCUUCCCGAACCCACUCAAGCGACCGCGCCGCAAAGCUUGGAAACGGAGUCUAUCGCGUCUUCUCCCACCGCUGUGCAGUUUAGUCAUUCACAAGAAAAGGCGAAACCGAUGCCGCAAGAAGAGGUCUUGUUCUUGCCUCCUAAGGAUGAUGCCAAAUCUCCUAAAUCCAACAAGAUGAAGCUUAAAUUGAGCUUGGGCAAGAGCCGAUUGCCUACCGAAUAUCCAGAGGUUGAAGAAGCUGUUGUCAACCUACCUAUGAUCACGCUUACUAAACCCGACGAUGAACAGAUCUACAUUCUUCAUCGCCCCACCCCACCCAUCCUUACUCAUAAAUUGCUCGCAGUUCCCAACCGCGCUACUGCGAGCAUCUCCGAACUUCCGAAGGUGUCCGCCAAGCAAUGGCCACACCCCGCGGGUCCCUGGCUCCGACCCACGACUUCUGAAGAAAACAAAUUCAAGGCUAAGAGUGACCAAGCGAUGUGGGAAGAAGGCUGGCGUCUUGGAACUGGUGCGGUGAUCGGCUGGGACCCAGAAUAUAUGGAAGCUCUUGGGAUCGACUUGGCUCCUCAUCUUCCAACCGAACAAGAGCUCGAGGCGAUUGCGUUGGUGGAGAAGAUUUCGAGAAGCUUAGAUCAAGCCCAGGAUGCUCUCUUCGGAAGCUUGCAAAUGCGAUGGGAGGCGGAGAUGAACGAGCAAAACGACCAGAUGACCAGUAUGGAAGGAUCUUGUGGUUACCCUGCUGACGCUGAACCGUCUCACGAGGUUCAAGAGGGACUUGCCCUCUAA